GUAGCGGGCGGGCGGGGUCCAAUGGGUGCCGGCUCCCGAGGAGAGGGCGGAGGAGAGGAGGAAGGAGGCGGACUCUGGGCCCCGGCCCCAUUCAUUGCCGCGGCCGGCCGGGCGAGGGUCCCGCGUUCUCGGAGUCAUGGAGGCGCUAAUUCCUGUUAUCAACAAGCUCCAGGAUGUCUUCAACACGGUGGGCGCCGACAUCAUCCAGCUGCCUCAGAUCGUCGUGGUGGGGACGCAGAGCAGUGGAAAGAGCUCAGUGCUAGAAAGCCUAGUGGGGAGGGACCUGCUUCCCAGAGGCACUGGUAUUGUCACCCGGAGACCUCUCAUUCUGCAGCUAGUCCAUGUUUCACCCGAAGAUAAGCGAAAAACAACAGGAGAAGAAAAUGACCCUGCUACAUGGAAAAACUCAAGACACCUUUCUAAAGGGGUUGAAGCAGAAGAAUGGGGUAAAUUUCUUCACACCAAAAAUAAGCUUUACACGGAUUUUGAUGAAAUUCGGCAAGAAAUUGAAAAUGAAACAGAAAGGAUUUCAGGAAAUAAUAAGGGAGUAAGCCCUGAGCCAAUUCAUCUUAAGAUUUUUUCACCCAAUGUUGUCAAUCUGACACUUGUGGAUUUGCCAGGAAUGACCAAGGUGCCUGUAGGUGAUCAACCUAAGGAUAUCGAGCUUCAGAUCAGAGAGCUCAUUCUUCGGUUCAUCAGUAAUCCAAAUUCCAUCAUCCUUGCUGUCACUGCUGCUAAUACAGAUAUGGCAACAUCAGAGGCACUUAAGAUUUCAAGAGAGGUAGAUCCAGAUGGUCGCAGAACCUUAGCUGUAAUCACUAAACUUGACCUCAUGGAUGCGGGUACUGAUGCCAUGGAUGUAUUGAUGGGAAGGGUUAUACCAGUCAAACUUGGAAUAAUUGGAGUAGUUAACAGGAGCCAACUAGACAUUAACAAUAAGAAGAGUGUAACUGAUUCAAUCCGUGAUGAAUAUGCUUUCCUUCAAAAGAAAUACCCAUCUCUGGCUAACAGAAAUGGAACAAAGUAUCUUGCUAGGACUUUAAACAGGUUACUGAUGCAUCACAUCAGAGAUUGCUUACCAGAGCUGAAAACCAGGAUAAAUGUUCUAGCUGCCCAGUAUCAGUCUCUCCUCAAUAGCUAUGGUGAGCCGGUCGACGAUAAAAGUGCUACUCUGCUCCAGCUUAUCACCAAAUUCGCCACAGAAUAUUGUAACACUAUUGAAGGAACUGCAAAAUAUAUUGAAACUUCAGAGCUAUGCGGUGGUGCUAGGAUAUGUUAUAUUUUCCAUGAGACUUUUGGGCGAACUUUAGAAUCUGUUGACCCACUAGGUGGCCUUAACACCAUUGACAUUUUGACUGCCAUUAGAAAUGCUACUGGUCCUCGUCCUGCUUUGUUUGUGCCUGAAGUUUCAUUUGAGCUAUUGGUCAAGCGGCAAAUCAAACGUCUGGAAGAACCCAGCCUGCGUUGUGUGGAACUGGUUCAUGAGGAAAUGCAAAGGAUUAUUCAGCACUGUAGUAAUUAUAGUACACAGGAAUUGUUGCGGUUUCCUAAACUUCAUGAUGCCAUAGUUGAAGUAGUGACUUGUCUUCUUCGUAAGCGGUUACCUGUUACAAAUGAAAUGGUCCAUAACUUAGUGGCGAUUGAAUUGGCUUAUAUCAACACAAAACAUCCAGACUUUGCUGAUGCAUGUGGGCUAAUGAACAAUAAUAUAGAGGAACAAAGGAGAAACAGGCUAGCAAGAGAAUUACCUUCAGCUGUAUCACGAGACAAGUCUUAUAAAGUUCCAAGUGCUUUGGCACCUGCCUCCCAGGAGCCCUCCCCUGCUGCUUCUGCUGAGGCUGAUGGCAAGUUAAUUCAGGACAGCAGAAGAGAAACUAAAAAUGUCGCGGCUGGUGGUGGUGGGGUUGGAGAUGGUGGUCAAGAACCAACAACAGGCAACUGGAGAGGAAUGCUGAAAACUUCCAAAGCUGAAGAGUUACUAGCUGAGGAAAAAUCAAAACCAAUUCCAAUUAUGCCAGCGAGUCCACAAAAAGGCCACGCUGUAAAUCUGCUGGAUGUGCCAGUGCCCGUUGCACGAAAACUAUCUGCCCGUGAACAGCGAGAUUGUGAGGUCAUUGAACGACUCAUCAAAUCGUAUUUUCUUAUCGUCAGAAAGAACAUUCAGGACAGUGUGCCAAAGGCAGUAAUGCAUUUUUUGGUUAAUCAUGUGAAAGAUACUCUUCAGAGUGAGUUAGUAGGACAGCUGUAUAAGUCAUCCUUAUUGGAUGAUCUUCUGACUGAAUCUGAGGACAUGGCACAGCGCAGGAAGGAAGCAGCUGACAUGCUAAAGGCAUUACAAGGAGCCAGCCAAAUAAUUGCGGAAAUCCGAGAGACUCAUCUUUGGUGAAGAGAAUUAUAUAGUACUGAGACUUUGUUGACUCAAAAUUUGCUAGUUACUGCCUACUUGAGUAGAAUUUUAUUUAUGAACUGUGUAUUGCAAUGGUAUGAAUCUGCUCAUGUGAAGAGACUGGCUAUAAACUGAUAAUUUCACUCUGUAUUGCAGAACAAAUCAUACAUUUAUCCAAAUAAUAAAUGGCUGUUUCUAAAGUUGCCCAGUACAUAUAAAAUACAUCAAGUCUUUCUUGUGACAGUUUCAUUUGAACUUAAAAAGAACUGUUAAUGUUCUAGUUGUACAAGCAGUUUGCCUGUGGACAAGAUGACCUGUGUAAUCUGUUAGUAGUCUUACAGCUGCUGCCAUAGUCCUUGGAGAAGAACGCACCGAGACCAUGUUUCAUACAACUGUAAUGCAUGCACAAUAUAAACCGGUCUGGCUUUGAAAGAUGUGAGUUGACAAGUUACUCACAGUCACUGUACUCCACCUGUCCUUCGAGUUAUAGUUUAUUGAGCUUCUCUGCAACGCCUUUGAUGUGUUAGUAGGCAAGUUGAAGGCACCAGAUCUGACAUUGACGGUGAGGCGGUGUGCAUAACAUGUAGCUGUAUAGCCCUUCCAUUUCUGGGUCCACAUUGCCCUCGUGCGUUAAAAUAUCUUUGAUCCUUUCUUAAACCCGGAAGCAUGAAUUAUAGUUUCCUGCAUUAAAAACAACCAUCUAGACUUGAUUUUCAAAUAUCAAGUAAUUCAGAUACAUCUUUAAAUUAGGUCAUUUACAUCAUGUUCCAAGAUUCACUUGGAGGUGAAACCAAAUCCUGUGCUGAUCAUUGAAGUAUAUCUUCUCUAUUAUUGGUAGUAGUUACUUUUGCUUCACACCAAUAAGACACAUUAGAAUAGAGGUAUGAAAAUACUGGUGGAACUUUAUUAACUAAAGAAAAACACCUGGACACAGCUACACACCUGAAGGCUUACACUACUAAAAUGUAUUCAGAGGUUGGGGGUGAAGUUUAGAACAUAUUCACAUUUUAUUAAGAUUCCCCAGAUGAUCCUUGAUAGGAAUUACAUUAUAAAUUUUAAGAUACAGGUCAAAAUCUUUAAGGCAUCUAGCUCCAUCUCUUACACAGAUACUAUAUUUGCGAUACAUAAUUUACUCAACAUGUUAACAUUUCUCUUAAGUUAUGACAUUGAUGAAGGACUCCUGGCAGGGACAAUGUGUCUGUUGACUUGAGCUUCCGGCACCCAUUGACUAGCAAGAAACAGGCUCAGCAACUGAUCUCAAACAUAAGAAAACAGAUUCAAUCUUACAUCAUACGGUACUGUUCUAAAUCUGUUAAUAGUACCAUCUGGAUAGAAUGCACACUACCCAGAUGUUUGUUAGCACACACUUUAGAGUCACUUUGCCAUCAUCCGUCAGUACAGCCAUCCAUGAUUUACUUCAGAUGCUGUCAGAGGACUACCAUCUCAGCCUUCUGAAUCUGUAACGGGGAAAAAACCACCAUUCUCCACCAUAUCCAACCUAUUUCAAAUUGAAAAGGUUACUUUUAAAAAUAAGCUACGGUAAUGUACUUGCUGGCACUACACACCUUGUACAAGAAAAGCAGAGGCAAGAAAGGUAUGGGAAGUUAGAGAACCUUCCUUUACUGGCUCUCAAACUGAGGGAAGCUCUAUGUUGAGAUGAUCUCUGACGUUUAGAGUGGACUGCUGUAUGUUCUUGCUAUGUAAAUAAAAUUGCUGGUAUGAAAUGACAAA